UCAGCCUCCCAAAGUGCUGAGAUUACAGGCAUGAGCCACCACACCCGGCCAAACAUGUUUAUCCAUAAUACUGGUGACAGAGGCACAUAAUACUGGUGACACGACAGGCCUAGGCGUCUUGUUCUUGCUGAUGUUUCACUUGGUCACUGAGUCCAGGUGGUAACAGCUCAAUGUUUCCAUUAUAAAUUUAUGUUGGAUUUCUUUUCAAGUCUGAGAGCCCAGUGACACAAUGUCCAAAUUUUCGGUGGCCCUUUCCUGGAAAACAAAAUGUCUAAACUGACUGGCCCAAGCUUCUUGUAUUCAGAAGAGGUCAACUCUGAUGACCAUAGUCAUUUACCGUUUUUUUAAGGAGAUCCACCUGACCUAGGGUUUAUUGUCCCUUUCAGGGUUAUUUUAGGGACACGGUCAUGUACUAUGGCUUUUACACCAAUUCCACCAUCCAGCACGGGAACAGCGGGGCAUCCUACAACAUGCAGUUGGCCUACAUCUUCACGAUCGGAGCAUGCUUGACCACCUGCUUCUUCAGUUUGCUGUUCAGCAUGGCCAGGUAUUUCCGGAACAACUUCAUUAACCCCCACAUUCACUCCGGAGGGAUCACUAAGCUGAUCUUUUGCUGGGACUUCACCGUCACUCAUGAAAAAGCUGUGAAGCUAAAACAGAAGAACCUUAGCACUGAGAUAAGGGUAAGGCGAGCUCACUUUACUCAUUUGCUGUCAUCAGGUCUCCCCUUCUCCCGUAUGCCGGUAACUUUUCUUAAAGUAAUAAUGAGCUACUGUUUUAUUGCCCAAGAGACUGGCAAAAAAAAAAAAAUAAAUAAAAUAUUCAUAAUGCCAAGAGCUGGGUAUAGUGUAGAGAAAUGAGCAUUUUCCCAUGACAAAAAAAAAAAAAAAAAUUUUUUUCUGACUUUUGAUCUCUAGAAGAGUAAGAGA